GAUGCUGGCAGCUGUGGCAUCGCACCGCCUUUUCGCUUCCUGUCCACUGCCGCCCUGAAGCCGCCCCGGCAUCGCUCUGCAUCUCAGCGCUUGCUCAGCGCCCCUUCCUUUGCGUCCAUUCCCGUCACCAAGCCGCGUCCCCGUCAUCAAGCCGCUCCUUCGCCACCAUGCAUCUGGCGAUGAUGAUGCGACGCAUCUCCAGCAGCUUCGCAGCCGCUUGUCACUAUGGCCGUACAUCAGCACCAUCUCCAUUCCGCAUCUCAGCACCGCCCUUCCGCUUCCUGUCCACAGUCGCUGCCAAGCCUCUCCUCCGCCAUCGUGAGGCUGCUGGAUGCCUGUCGCUGGUCAAUCAAGACAGGCGACCCCUGACGACCCCUCAAAUCGCCGGCCUCAUCGAUGGAGAGGGAUGCUUUUGGCUGUACAGGGGCGUCUACCCAAGGUUCAGCCUUCUAGAGCAUCUGCAACAGUCCCUGGGUGUUGGCAACCUCUACUCGCAUAUGGGUGCCAACCUUAUUGCCUACGAGAUUCAACUGAAAGAGCAGUGUCGUCGGCUGGUUGAGGUGUGUGACGCCUUCCCGCCACUGACGGUGAAGGGCCACGACUACGCCAAAUGGAGGGAGGUCGUUCUCCGCCAGCACAAGAAAGGGGUGGCUGCAAGUCGCCACGAGUGCCUUGGCAUUGCUGAGGAGAUGAAUCGUGGCCGCCCACAUGGUGCUUCGACUGGCCUGGAGCUCUUCCAUGACAGCAGCAGCAUCAGGGAAGACGAGCUUCUGCAGUGGCUGUCGGGCUUCAUCACAGGAGAGGGCUUCCAGUGCCGCAAACUUUUGUGAGAUUUGAAAUCGAGCAACAUCCAGCAAGCGCAAGACUGAUGUGCUUCAUUCGCGACUUCUUCGAUGUCGGCCAUGUGUACCGAAAGAAAAACGCCACGGCUUGGAACGUCUUCAAGCGAGAUGACGAG